AUGACGCACACGACGGAGGUCGCGAGCCCCAAGUCGGAUCCAGCCCUUUACGAGAAGAUGCAGCACGCAGACCCGCUGCCGCCGUCGGAGAGUGUGCUUCUGCCCUCCAAGACGGUCCCCACCCCACUGCGCAAGUCAGACGAAAGCCGGCUGCACCUUUCUGUCGACAAGGGCGCCUCAAAGGAAAAAGUAGUGGAGGAGGAAAUGGGGCCGCCUCUGCGGUUUACGACGACAGAGGUGCCGUUGCGCACUGGCGUCAUGACGCCGCGGUCAUCGCGGCAUCUCUCGGUUUCCUGCGUCCCUGUAGAGGCGACGACCUGUGCAAAUCGACCCCUGGCCACAGUCCCCCGGAAGCCCUGCUUACGCCGAGCAGCGGCGCUGCGUCCACCAAACGACGCGUCAGUUCCCGGGGCAGCCGUGCGCGAUGGCCAGAGCUUUUUGCUUGACAGAUGCAAACCGACCGCCAGAGACAUGGUGGUGGAGCUGCACGUCUACGACCUCUCACAUGGGCAUCUGAAGCGGUAUGCGCAGGAGCUGGUUGGCCUAGAAAUUCCCGGCGUCUACCACUCCGGCAUUGUAUGCUACGGGGUUGAGGUGUACUUUGAGGGCGGCAUCGGCAUCGCCGCGGCGGGCCGCACGCGUUUCGGUAACAAGUACCGCACGCACUACCUCGGCGUGACAAAGAAGCCCGUCUCAGAGUUCUUCCGGUGGAUCGGUGUGCGGGCCAUUCACGUUAAUCAGAUCCACGACUACCACCCAGUGCGGCACAACUGCCAUCACUUCUCCCACGAGGCCGCGCGGUUUUUGCUUGGCGAAAGCGCGUCCAUUCCAAUGUAUCUCUUCAGCACCGUGGACAAUCUUGUGAAGACGGAGGUUGGUGCUUCCGUUGCGGAGGUCAUGACUCUCACCACCCACGGCAUGCAGAGUAGCGUCGCGCGGCAGAUGCGCUCCCGCACGUUGGAGCGGCAGUGCAGCAUCGAUAUGCAACUCAGCGCCUCGACAGCCUGCGGUGUUAUGACACUGCCGCCGACGGCAGCAGUGCUCUUUCGUCCCAGCGACCUCCACCUUGCAAAACGACUUGUCCUUGACCUCAGCCCAUACGUGAAGGGCCUAAUCAAGAGAAAGCACAUGAAGCCAGCUGCAUUGACAGUGCUGGAGGGGAUGGCAUGUGCGCUGAUGGAGGGCACUGAUUCUCUUCCGCCGAAUCUGCUGUUGAACUACGUGGAGAUAGUCACGGAGUCACUCCUGCGCAGCCCGUUGGCGACGUGGGGGCCUAUCUUCAACGGGCUCCGAGUGGCAGUGCUGCAUAAGUUGUGCCUCAUCAACUGUGUGUUUCACACGAAACUGAUGUCGAUGCUGGUGCUCGCGGCGCGCGACUUUCCCCGCUUAUUGCCCGACGGGCGCGUGGCGUUCCUUCGGCUGGCGUGCAACUUUGCCUGCGGCGCCUACGGCGUUAUCGUCUACAGCGAAGCUCGAUACCGUGAUGCCUGGGUGUCGAUCGUUGGCCUGGGCCUCAUGGAUAGCAGCAGUACUGUCGUGUACACAGCCGCGUGCCUGGCCUUGAACCUAGCGCUCGGCAUUGUCGCCACUUCCAAUCUGCCCCUGAGGCGUGACAUGACGCAGCAGGCCGACGAACACUACGCGCUGCGACUCGCGACGCUUCUGCUCUACAACCUACGCCACCGCAGCGCACUUCAGCUGCCGGAGCCGUCCUUCAACAUGAUCUUGAUGGCACUCUACCGGCUUUCCUCCAGCAACACAACGGCGCUGGAGUAUGUCGUGUCACACCCGUUCAAGCCACAGUACGCCGAGCUCCUCGACCGGUGUGGUUCGAAUGAAAGCCGGGCCCUGGUGUGCCUCCUCAAAACCCUAGAAGACCUUUUCGGUUGA